AUGGCAAUCCAGGAGGUAUACCGGGGUGGGGAUGAUUGGCUGUAUGUGAAGAGGGGCCCUGUGUCAUCGCUUUACGAGGACCUACCCGCAGCUAGGGAUGAGGCAACAAACUGGACCACCAAACACUACGACUUCAAAGUAACUAGUGAGCCUCAUUUAGACUUUCAGUGGCUUCGGACACCCGAACCAGACCGCAUCUUCUUGAUUAGUUCUGGUAAUGGCGGUCUCACUCUGAUAGGCCGUGAGUGGAUCGGAUCGUGCUUCAGCCCAACCGACGAGCGUCAGUAUGCCGGCCUGACUACGUUCUACUCGUGCUCCAACUUUUUCUACCUGACGGUUACGGCGGAUUCAGAUGGACAGCGAGAACUGCUUCUUAUGAGUACCCAGCGCUCUCACCCUAAUGGCGAUCUCGACUACCCCGCGCCAGCCGAGCCAGUGCAGGUGUCCAAUGAGGUUUUUUAUGCCCUGGAUGGCGAGAAAGAGCUGAAGAACUUUGGCCUGGUGCUAGACGCCUCGGUUAUCUCGGACGAGUGCGGUGGACCUAGUAGCUUCACAGGGGCCUUUGUCGGUCUAGCUUGUUCCGACCUGACCGGAGAUCAGUUGUCAGCGAUCUAUGACUAUUACACCUAUGAGCCAGUUCAAUACAAGUACGACCGUUACGAGGUCUGA